AUGGCUGGGACCCCAAAACCGCCAGAGCCGGCCCUUGCCCUCGGCGACAAGCUCCACGGCGGCCGCUUCAUCGUUCGCAAGAAGCUGGGCGAGGGCUCGUGUGGAUCUGUUUGGGCCGUCGACACCAUCCCCGGGGCGGUCAAAUACGCGAUGAAGGUCGAGCCCUUCCAGAAGACCAAGGAGGAGGAGAUUCUGCGCAUGGAGUUGUACGUGCUGAAGAAGCUGCAGACGAGCAAACACGUGCCCCGCUUCGUGGCCAGCGGGAGUCAGGCAAAUUUCAGCUUCAUGGUGAUGACGCUGCUGGGGAAGGAUCUGGUGGAUUGCCGGCGGAAGUGUCGUGGCAGAAAAGUGUCCGCCCAGACGACGCUCCGGCUUUCCCUGCAGGCUGUCCAGUCGCUCGAGGAUAUGCACCGGCUUGGCUUCAUCCACCGCGACGUCAAACCGUGCAACUUUGCGCUUGGCCUGAAGAACAACAAAAUGCUGUACAUCAUCGACUUCGGGCUGUGCCGCCAGUUCAUGCUCCCCGACAAGAACGGGAAGAUGAAGCUGCGCGAGGCGAGGGCCAAGGUCUCAUUCCGGGGCACCGUUCGCUACUGCUCGACGAACGUGCACGCCGGAAAGGAGCAGGGCCGUCACGAUGAUCUCUACGGACUCCUCUAUUCGAUGAUUGAGACGGCGACUGGUACCCUGCCGUGGAAGGGAAUGCCCAGGGUCGACUCGGCCAAGUGCAAGGAGAAAACCACCGACGCUGUACUGCUCAAGGGCUGCCCUCCGGCGUUCACCGAAUUCGCCGGCCUCCUCAAGAAGCUCACCUACCCCGACGCGCCGCCCUACGACAAAAUCCGCGCCGCCAUCGCCAAGAACAUCAAGGAGCUUAACGUCAAAAUGACCGACCCGUACGACUGGGAGCGCUUGACGAAAACCGAGCGACGCGCCAACAAGGAAAAGGAAAUGUCGACAAAGGAUGGACCCGAAAAGGACAAGGAUGCGGACAACGACACGACAAAGGAUCUGGCCGAGUCGGUGCUGUCACAGACCAGCGAGAGCAUCAACAACGACGAGGAGGUGGUCGAGGACACGCUCGAUCAGGCACCCGAGCGCAUGAAGACCGAGGAUGGCGACAACCCGAAAAGCCACCAG